AUGAGUGGCAUACAGAGAUUCUAUUGCAACCAUCACGGGUGUGACAAGAGCUUUCAGAGGCGAGAGCACUUGAAGAGACAUUCUCUGAAUCACACCAACCAGACAAUUCUGUGUCCCCGCUGCCAAAAGGUAUUCUACCGAAACGACCUUUUGCAGCGGCAUUUGAUUCUCAAACACGGCAUUCGCAAGAGCUCCCCCAACCAUGGAACUGCAUCAGAUAAAUCUCCUGGUCAGUCAGACGCUGGUUCUAAUUCUACAGCGGAGCACAUUUCAUCCGAGAGACAGGACCCCGACCACAACAUGAGUGUGCAGGAAAUGAAUGAUAGCAUGGAUCAUCAUAUUCAGCCUAACCAACAACAAAAUCUUGCUUUAGUUCCAGAUCAGGGACAAAGUAGUCAUCAUUCUGGAGGAUGUUCUUAUCAGACACCACCCAGCUAUGAAAGAGCUCCUAUAUUGUCGGUGCCUAGUAUUGGCCGUACGACAGCAUUACCUUCAGCGCCGCCGGAAUGCCCGGAUGGGUUUGAUAUUGGAAACUUUUCGAUUCAGUCAGCCAACGCUACCCCUCACAUGGACUGGCUAUUUCAACUCCAGCCGGAAUUCCCUUCUGGAGUUGUCCCGGGUCAGCCAAAUGCGCAUACGGUUCAGCCCCUACAGCCAGCUAUACCCACCUUUGGACCGUCUACGAUCAAUAACCCCACGCAGCUAGACUUUGAAAUGUAUACGAAUCUCCUUUCUCAUGUCCCGACUAGAGCUGAAUUCUCGUUUCUAAUUGCGACCCCAGAAUUGGCCUCUCGUCUCAUAGAAAAUGCCAUUGCACAUUUAAACUUAUUCGCGCCAUUUUUCCACAGCCACACACGGAAUAUCAACUUUCUCCCGACAGAUAUGUGUGCUUCUUUGUUAGCCAUUGGCCUAUUGAUAUCUCAUUAUAAGGGUGCACAUGAGUUGGGUUGCAUAUUGCUACCGCAGCUGCGAGCGUCAAUCCUUAAAUUGAUUAACAAACCAAUAGGAUACCCACAAAUGUGGAUUCUCGAGACGAUGUUCCUUGUCGAGUAUGCAGGCAUGUUUUUCGGGGACCGCGCAGACGUUGAAGCGAGUGAUAUUAUACACGGAGCUGUUGUAGCCAUUGGACGACGACUUCGGAUCGCUCAGUCCGUGAAGCUCUCAUCUGCUGUCUCACCAGAUCCUUCCCUUCAGCAGACAUGGUACGAUUGGGCCAAAAAAGAGUCGCUUAACAGACUCGCAUACUGCAUAUUCAUGAGCGAUGUUCAACAUGCUGUAUUUUUCGGGCAUGUCCGACCAGUGUCUUCUCCACUUGGGAUCACUCUCGAACUCCCAUGUGAUGAUGCAUUGUGGAAUGCCCCAAGUGCUGAAGAAUGGGAAAUCCGGUUGAGAGAGUCAAAUUCGUCUUCAAUCAAAUUCAACGAGAUCUAUCAUUCUCUAACGCUGAACGAGACUCACAAUCUAAAAGCACUUUCCUCAAAAAUCUACUCCAACUUUCUGCUUCUGACUGCAUUUUCAUCUCUCGCUUUAUCCGCUAAAAAGCAAACAAAGGACCCAUUUUGGAAUGCUAGUCAAGCGGAAAAUUGUGUGAAAUUCGCUCAAGAUACUUUGUACGGCAUUAUCACCCUCCAUCCUUCCUGCACACUUCGGACUAGCUCUCACAUGACUUAUCACCUAACCGCAAUUUCUCUCUGUACCACCCUUGACCACCUUGAAACUGCUACGAAUGUCGGCUACUCCAGAGCUGGCACAACUCCUGCAGAAGAGACUCGUCUUGCAACCAUGAGACUGCUCACCCGCGAAAAAGUCACCACUGAAGCUGCCAACCACGCUGUCGAGCUAUUACGCCUUUACGUUGGACAGCGAUCUUCCUCUCCGAACCAAAACCCCAACCCCUUCGAUGGAGUGCUUGAGUCCUCGCCAUUUGAGACAACCGCGCUGUACUUUGGGGUGCUGACGCUAUGGGCCUAUUUGUAUUCCCAGGGCUUUGAUUCGGAAACUUCAACCUACUCUUUCUCUCAACCGGAACAAAGAGGAAUGGUGCCAAUUUUGGACGAUCUUUCAACUGCAAUUAAUGCUGGAGAUAUGCACGGCUGCGUGAAAUUCUGGAGAGAGAUUGUUCCGCCGGUUACAUUACGUUUGACGGAGAAAAAGGGUGCCAAUGCUAGGGAAUACGCUACGGUGUUGAAGAAUUUGGCGGCUUCUUUAGUUUGA